AUGGACCACGAAGCGCACCCACGGGUCAUCGACGCAAUCCUCUCGCACUGCUCAGUGCCAGCACUAGUGCGCUUUUCAGCAACGAGCCGCUCGUUUCACGAUCGCAUCAACGCCGUCCUCUUCAACCACGCCGUCCUCGAGCGUGAUCCUAUCUUUCUGCGUACGGCUGAUGGCUACCUAUUGCCUAUGCGUCCGGAGCUAGUGCGUGUCCUCGACAUCCCGUGCAUUACGAGGGAAUCCCAGAAGGCGCUGCCCGCCUUCCUGGAACAGUUCACCGCCGUGCACACGGUACGGAGGGCCGGCCGCGCGCGAUUCCUCCCGCCCGAGUGCCUCCCCAGCGUGCGGACGACGAUCGACUGCAGAGGCGCGGACUUCACCAAUAUCGGACGCGCCCCGUCCCGCACGCGGCGAUACGUCUUCCACCACUGCGCGUUCCGCAAGGAAUCAACCGAGCUCGGGUGGUUGCCGAGCCGUCACAUCGACGAGUGUGUGCUCGUGUGCCAUGCCGGUGGGCCGGCAUUUGGCCGUGUAUCGCUUCAAGAGAACAUCAAGCAGAUACUGCGCAUGGCCCUGGGCUUUUGGAGCCAAGUGGGCGACCGCGCCAGAGUGACCAUCGUCGGCAUCGAGGCCGUGCUCGACCCGCCGUUGCCUACCGAGCUUGAAGAUCUAUUCUACAUCGCCGGUCCGCUCGAAGGCCGGGGCCCCAGCACAUGCCGUACGGCGCGGUACAAAGACCACGCCCGCGCAAGCUUCGUCACCAUGGCAGAGUGGCAGCGCGAGCUGGCGGCGAAGGGGAGGGAGAUUGAAGGGCAGGAGUGGUUCUGCGAUGGCCCAGAGUGUCCGAGGGGGUAG